GUUUUCCGGAACUAUAUAAACCAAAAGAUUACGAAAAGAUUCUUCUUGUUCCGUGUUUGGAAUGUGAAAAAUGUGUCUGCACUUUUAUAAAUUUUGCAUGUGCACAGGCAAUAAAGAUCCAUAGUUGUCCUUUUCUUUUUUUUUUUUUUUAACAAGGGGACCUGCAGCCGCUACCCAAAGGUGCGUACUAGGUAAACCCCGUCUUGUGAUCCUAGCCGGCAAAGGACCACGAGGAGGUAAACCAGCCUAGGUUACUCAUAGCUGACCUGCUCAAACCAAGAAGGCCAACAGGCAGCUCUAACGGGAAUCGAACUAGCAACCUCACGAUUGCUAGUCCGACUGCCCGACCAACUUGGCUGGGGUUGCCCCCCAUAGUUGUACUUUGUGUGUAUUUGAAGUUGUUGAAGCUGAAACAGAGAUGUCUAGGAAUUACGACAACUGGGAGAGGUUGGUGGGAGCUGUGCUGCGGCGAGAGCAGGAUAGGGAAGUGGCCCUUGCCGAUUCCAGAAGCACAAGCUUCAGUUCCAUUUCGAUAUCAUUGGAUUUUGAUGAACAAUCAUUGAGUUUGCCAAGAGAACAAAAUGUUGAAAAUGGAAGAAGGAAUUCAAGUGACGGUUCUUACGUAGCCUCCUCCAGCACUAAAGAUCGCCCCAUCUACCAAAACCCAACAGGAGAAUCAAAAUUUUCUAUGGGAUUGCCGGGUGCAAAGUGGAUCUGGAGGGAGCUCAAGGUAUAUUACUAAAUAUAUCCCAAGGAUUAAACAAGAAGAAAAAAAAACAUUUUUCACAUAUUUUUGUAACUUGGUUUCUUUUGCUCGUGAUUAUUUUUUAGUUUAUUCUGACUUAGUUUAUUUUUCAUCUCAAUGGUAGUUUAUUUUUCAUCUCAAUGGAAGUCAUUUUUGUGAGACAAACUGAUCGUUACUUUGAUCAUCCAUCAUGAAUACCUAUUGAAUAUAAUCACAGGGAUUUUCGUACUAUGUUUCAAAUAUUGAAAUUAUUUCCUUUCCUAGAUUAGUUAUUUACCAAACAUAGGUAUGUCUUCCAUUGUAUAUAAAUACAUGUUUGUAUUCUUCAAUUAAUUAGUGAAAAGUUUAUUCAUUCCAUAUCAAACUCUAGAAUUUAUCAUGGUAUUAGAGCGUUAUGUUUUCAAACGCCAUAACUGCUCCUGCCAUGGCCGAAGCAACUCCAAUUUUGGAUGCCCAAAAAUCCCUUACAAAUGUUUCAUCUCCAUAUUAUUUGCAUUCGUUACAUCAACCAAAUCUAUUCCUAGUCGAUACACCUCUCAAUGGUGGCGUCGAGCAAUCACCAGUGCACUGAAUGCCAAGAAAAAAUUAGGCCCUGUUCUCUUUCCCGUUUUCGGGCCGUUUUCUGUUUUCGAUUUUUCAAAACGGU